GUUCAUGUUUGUCUCACUUCUAUGGUAGUGGCCGUAAUUGGCUACCAAAUUAUAUCCGCGGAUAACCUUAUGGAUAAAUUACGAUAUUUCCUACACCUAAUGGGAUGGAUUGGGAUGUUGUUCAUAACAUGUUUCUAUGGGCAGAUGAUAUUAGAUGAGAGUAUUACAAUUGCUGACGCUGCCUAUCAAAGCGAAUGGUACAAUGGUCCAGAACAUUUUAAAAAAAUGAUAUGCUUGAUCAUCGUACGUUCUCAAAGACCUCUGCUACUGAGGGUAGCUUCUAUAGGCGUAGUUUCUUUGGAGACAUUUGUAUCGGUGAUAAAGACGGCAUACUCUUAUUUCGCAUUGCUGCUCACUAUUGCAAAAUAA